AUGCUGAUCAUGAUCUCGUUGUGUUUCUGCUUCGUCUUCUUCGUACAUCCCACGUCUCUGGCAUCCACCAAUUCUCUACCGAUCGAAAAAAUUCCCGAAUUUGAGGUGAGUAAUCGAGAACUUGUUGACUUGGUGAAUAAAAUGCGAUUGGAAGACGAUAAUAAGGCAGGGAGGGGACAGCUUACCGUCGAUUAUCAAGGACAUACAACCACCAGAGACAGUACAGACAACGCAAAGUCUAGCCUUUUCAAGCAAGUGGAUCAGUCGUUACUGCAAAAAAACACUUAUAAACUUUUCGUCGCUCUCAACGAUAACUUCGAUCGUCGUACUGGAGUCAGCGAAACUCAGUCACCUAAAGAAAAACAGGAGGUGGCACAGUUUCUGGAUGCAAUUCUCAAUACGAAACUUUGGCGAACACUUUAUGAUUUCUUGCACAAAAAAGGACAUCCUUUCGCCAAGGAUCGAACCAUUUUUCGUUUCUGGUUAAAUCAACUUUGGUUUGUGCAUUAUUCACGAGCUCGAGGUCUAGCCGAUACAUCCGGAUUUGAACAUGUUUUCAUCGGUGAAACGAAAAAUGGUGAAAUAUCUGGACUGCAUAACUGGUUACGCUUUUAUUUACUUGAACGAAACGUAUCGCAGCAUUUCGAUUACAAGGGAUUCCUCGUGAAGAGAUUCGGGGUGAUGGCAGCCGUAAAGUUCAGUUGGAUGAACGAAUUGAAACGAUCGGGAAGUUUUGUGAUAGGAUCCAGUCCUGAAUUCGAUAUGGCGCUUUACACACUGUGUUUCUUAUCGAGAAGAGGUCGUAACACGUGUGAAAUUGAAAUUGACGGAUGCCCGCUGUCGAUAACAAGUUAUGAUAUCGUUCAACAACGAAAGGUUUUCAUCGGCACGAUAUACCCGACCGCUGGGCGUAUCACCAACUCGUGCAGACGUUACAAUGGUUAA